AGCGGAGCCUUCCGCCGGGGCGGGCCGGAGGGCCGCCGCCAUCCCGGCCUCGGCCAUGGAGGCUCCUGCGCCGGCCCUCACAGAGGAGGACCUCACUGAAGUGAAGAAGGACGCUUUAGAAAAUUUACGGGUUUACCUGUGUGAGAAAAUCAUAGCAGAGAGACAUUUUGAUCAUCUGCGUGCAAAGAAAAUACUCAGUAGAGAAGACACUGAGGAAAUUUCUUGCCGAACUUCAAGUAGGAAAAGAGCUGGGAAGUUGUUAGACUACUUACAGGAGAACCCCAAGGGGCUGGACACCCUGGUGGAGUCCAUUCGCAGGGAGAAGACACAGAACUUCCUCAUUCAGAAGAUAACGGACGAGGUGCUGAAGCUCCGGAAUAUCAGGCUGGAGCAUCUCAAAGGCCUGCAGUGCAGCAGCUGUGAGCCCUUUGCAUCGGGAACCACCAACAACCUUUCUAGGUCCAACUCCGAUGAGAGUAACCUCUCUGAAAAACAGAGGGCGUCCACUGUCAUGUACCACCCAGAAGGAGAAUCGAGCACCGCUCCCUUUUUCUCUACUGAGUCCUCUCUGAAUUUGCCAGUCUUGGAAGUUGGCAGAACUGAAAAUGGCAGCUUCUCCUCGGGCACACUUCCUCGGCCUGGGGACCCCGGGGCGCCCCCUCUGCCCCCAGACCUGCGGUUGGAAGGAGGAACUUGUGGAAACUCGAGUGACAUGUUUCUCCCCUUACGAUCACGAGCUCUUUCACGCCAGUGACAACUCACUGCCUAGUUUUGUUUUGUUUUUUUAACAGUGAUGAAAAAAUGUUGUAAAUGAUAUAAUCUUUUUAUAAAAACCACUGUAACAGUUCA